GACACGAUGCCCAGCCGGUCGCCAGACGAGGCGACUUAUGCGAUGCUGGGCGUGCUGAGCUCCAAGUCCUCAAACACCGUGCAGACGUCCAGCUGCUACUGUCAGGACGGGCACGAUGUUUACAUCAGUUUGCUGUAUUUCAUUGAUUGGAUCGCAAACACCACCGGCAUCGAGCGCAUGGCUUUGGAGGUCGCCGAGCCGCAUACCGGCGCCAGCACACGAUCGAUCGCUGCCGAGCUAUCUUCUGCACUGCUAGCUUUGACUGCAUGUGUCUUAAUAUAACAUAAGAAGCCCUAGGUCGCAUCCAUGCUUACGUCGGUGCCAAUGUCCAUAUCAAUAAGGUACUGCAGAUCGGCAUCAGUCAGGCCAUCCUCAUCCUCAUCCAUCAUCAUCUCCUCAGCAAGCAUCUCCUCGUACAUCUCAAACUCCUCUGCCUCCUGCUGCUGCUGCCUCUCCCUCUCCUGCCUCGCCACCUCCUCGAUCUCCGCCGCCAUCUCGGCCUCAUCAAAGCCGCUACUGUCGCUCUGCUUCUCCAUCUCGCUCUUGAACCGCGCCCACUCCUGCCGCACGAUCUCGUACAUUUCCUGGUCGGUCAGCUCCUUUGGCCGUGUAAGGCGGUUGGCCAUGAAGGACGCCUCGCGGGCUUUGCUCAGCCGGUCUUUGCACUGUGCGCGGAACCGCGUGUGCCAGGAUUUCUCUGUUGCGCGUGAGUGCCGCGAGGACUGCGACAGAUUCCGGAAGGACGGAUGGGCGGGGUGUGUGGCGGCGGUGGGUGAUGUGAUCGCCUGCUGCGAGUGCUGCUGCGGUGCUGAAAUCGUAAAAGAAUGCCUAGAAUUGUUCAUUGUUUUUUUUUUGGGAGGAAAGUUGAGCAGAGUAUGAUAGGUAUUAGUACAGUAUGCAAGAAGAAAUUGUUUGAAUUCAAAGCGGAAACAAAAGGAGGAGAAAGGA